GUACUGUGUCACAUUUCCAUGGGGACUGUACAAGAUCCACUGAGAUCUACUAAGCUUUCAUUAGUUACAACUGAAGAAUCUCCUAAACACCAGUGCAAGCAAGCAAGCAUAGAAAGCAACAGUAAUGGAUAUCCUUUUACUACCAAGGACCAGCCUUUUGAAGGAUGCUUGUUUGAGGUGAAUUCUGACAGAGACACCAGUGUUCCAAAGAGUGAGUGGCAUUGUGAAUAUGACACCAAGCAUCCAAACAUGCUUUCUCCUGGGUCCUUCAGUUCUUCCAAAGAAGGCAACAUGGCGGCUCCAGAACCAGUAAGUUAUGCUAAGCAGGAAGGCUCCAGAGCCAAGAUCCAAGCCCCAGCACCUGAAGACCACACUUCAGGGCAUAGUGAAGUUAAAGUGUCUCUUAUUCAGGAAGGUAACAGAAAUAUUCCAAGUGGUAAUGGACAAUCAUAUAAUACAACUGAUAAAGCAACCACACUGCCUGGAGGAGACCUUGAUGGUGUGGAGAGCAAAUCCAAUGAUUAUUCUAUUCCUCCUUCCCCUCCUAAAUAUUCUGAUAGCCAGCAAGCAGCUCCUGCAGGGAAGGGACACAUGUGUGAAAUUAUUGUCUCUGAAAACAAUCAAGUCUUGGUUUCAAAAGAUGAGUUGGAUCUCAAUCUGAAAGCCCCUGCUUGUGUGGAAACAGAAUUGGGGAGUACAAGGAUAGGACUUUUUUGUCCUAAGACGGAGCCACAGACUACAUCUGAAUGCAACCUUAAGAGCACUCCAGAGACAUCAUGUAGUGAUGAGCCUGCAGAAAAGGUGGUUCCAAACUUGCCCAAAUUCAAAGACACGGGUACAAUGACAGCAAAGCCUGAGAACAGAGCUGUAGAUGCAGAGACAAUAAGCAGGACUCAUCAAGAUGCUGAGGUUCAAGCUGUAGCUAGUAUGGAAAGCAAGUCAUCUUCUACUAGCCCAAGUAUCUUGACUGCGUUCUUAAGAGAGAACAUGUCUCCUGAAGCAAAACAGGACCAAGAUCAGUUGCACAUUAUUUAUAUGGGAGCUAGAGGGAAAGAGCAAUCUGAAAUAAUUGGUGACUUUGCAGCAACUGUCCAAACACCUUCGUCUAUUGGCAUCGUGCACAAGGCACAUGUUCAAAUACCAGCUACAAUAGAAAGGCCUCUGGGAAGUCCUACUGUCAGACUUCAGAAGAAUCUCACAAACGUGUGUGACCCAAUCUGCUCAGCUUCGCUGGAUAAGGCAGAAGAGAUGUGUUCAGUGGCACCUGAGAAUUCUCAAGAAACUUUGGCCAAGAGGACAGAAGUGCAAAUGACAGACAUGGCUAAAAAUUGUGGCAAUGUUCCACAGCAAUUGCCAGACAGUUCAGUUUUGCAGAAAACAAGACCCAUUUCCCAAAUUAGUGUCAGUCCUAGUAAUGAGCCCGUGUCUAUCCAGCACCCUGCGAACUUUGAAACUAAACUACCUCCAUGUUCUUCAAUCCCAGCCAUUGACAGUAAAUACCAACACUCUGAUUCUUCUUUGUGUCACAGAACAUCUGAACAAGCCAAGGCUAUAGUUACCAGUAUGAAUACUGAGAGGACUCAUCAGGAGAAACAGCUGCAGAUCAAGACUGUUGAUAACCUUGAGACAACUCUGCCUAGUUUCCCCAUUGCUGUAAAUUCAAAGAGAGAACGAAAGGGUCAUAUCAUAUCUGAAGAACAAAAGAUGAAUACGACAGGAUCUGUUACUGGUUCUCAAACAAUGAGUGCUCCAGUUGUAGCAGAAAACAAGCAGGAUAUGGUUCCUGGGGAUACCAGGGCUGAAACUUUAGUCAGUCACAAUCCAGCUUCUAAGCUGAGUAGAAGUUUUGCCACCACUAUAGGAAUCCAGAAUGAUGAAAUCCAGAAGGGUCCAGUGCUUGAUGUACCAGCUCCUCGAACAUCUUCAAGUCCUAUACCACGUUUUGGUGAAAAGAAGAAAGGAUUCAAGGCUAUCGCUGCUGAGGCGAAAGUGCAUCUGAAGCAAUCCAAACGUAUCAGGGAUGUCGUGUGGGAUGAACAGGGCAUGACCUGGGAGGUUUAUGGAGCAUCUCUAGAUCCAGAAUCUUUGGGAAUUGCUAUCCAGAACCACUUGCAGAGGCAGAUCAGAGAGCACGAAAAACUCAUUAAGUCUCAAAGCUCCCUAACCCGUAAAUCAAUUUCUUCAGAUACGUCUUCAAAUAAAAAACUGAAAGGGAGGCAUCACAAUGUUUUUCAUUCCAUGCUACAGAAUUUUCGACGCCCAAAUUGCUGCGUUCGUCCUGCUGCUUCUUCUGUGUUGGACUGA